GUGUGACAAAGAGAGCGAAUAUAAGUCCGUGCUUAAGACGUUUUUGAAUAUAAGAACGGACUAUGAAUACCGCCCAUCGUGUCCAUAUACGAUUGGUAGUUUGUCGUCGAUUGGAAAUUUAAAACUGUUGAAACAAAUUUCAUCACUUCUAUGGUAAAGGCGAACGUGUUAGAACGUGUUAGAAUGUGUUAGAACGUGUUACCACUUUUACUUUGCUUUAAUUCACGGACACUUCUAAAUAAAUCAUCAAAAAUGUUCUGGAAAUUGAGAAUACAAUCGACAUAUGUAUACGCAAUGAAAAUCAAGAAUGUAUUACAUAUAACUAGGGCGUCUAUAGAUUAUACAACUCAAGCUAGUUCAACUGUAUCAUUAUAUAUAAGACAUCAGAGACAAUUGCAAAAAAUUUGCACUUUUUCGAAUGUGGAGCGUGAAAAAUGUACUGUCCGACUAGAUUUAACAUUUGAUAACGAAGAUGACAUGGUGGAAUUUUUUUUGGAUGGACUUGGUCUUGUACGUGUGAGUGGAUCUGAAACCCUCCCUCCCAUCACACCCUUCCAUAUAUCCCAUUUAAAUGUGAUAACUAUAAGGCAAUUGGAAAGCAAGGAUUUUGAGCAUGACGCCGAUAGUUGCUCUAACAUCCAAAAGGAAAGUUUGCCAAAAGAUGAAACAAUAAAACAGAUUUGUAAUAAUGUCUACUAAGAAUAAAGAUAAUAAUGUCUGAAAGAGUUGUAAAAGACUUCUGUA